CUCCCGCCUCCCGCGCGCCCCGCCUCGGCCGCUUAAAAGUUUGCUGGGGCGAGAGCUCCCGGCGAGCGAGCGAGUAUGGCGCUGUGCGCGCGGAUGCUGCGCCUCGCGACUCUGCGCGCCCCGGGGCUGGGGGUACAGGGGGCGCGGGCCCGCCUCGCCCGGGGGGCGCAGGAAGCCAGGCUGCAGCGCGCCCGCCCGCUCAGUUCUGCAGAGACAGAGUACCACAGCCCCUCGCCUAUUGGGGGCCUCAGCUACGUCCAGGGCCACACUCGAGUCCCUCUGAUCAACCACACAGUGGGCCAGUGCCUGGACGCCACGGCGCAGAGGUUCCCCAACCGAGAGGCCUUGGUCAUCCUCCACGAGGACAUUAGGAUGACCUUUGCCCAGCUUAAGGACCAGGUGGACAAAGCUGCUUCUGGUCUGCUGAGCACUGGCCUCUGUAAAGGUGACCGCCUGGGCAUGUGGGGACCCAACUCCUAUGGCUGGGUGCUCAUGCAGCUGGCCACUGCCCAGGCGGGCAUCGUUCUGGUGUCUGUGAACCCAGCCUACCAGGCUAUGGAGCUGGAGUAUGUCCUCAAAAAGGUGGGCUGCAAAGCUCUCGCGUUCCCCAAGCAAUUCAAGACCCAGGAAUACUACAACAUCCUGAAGCAGAUCUGCCCGGAGCUGGACAAGGCCCAGCCGGGUGCCCUGAAGAGUAAGAGGCUCCCGGAUCUGACCACAGUCAUCUCGCUGGACACUCCUCUGCCCGGUACCCUGCUGCUGGAUGAGGUGGUGGCGACAGGCAGCACAGAGCAGCACCUGGCCCAGCUGCAGCACACCCAGCAGUCCCUGUCCUGCUAUGACCCCAUCAACAUCCAGUUCACCUCGGGGACGACAGGCAGCCCCAAGGGGGCCACCCUCUCCCAUCACAAUAUUGUGAACAACUCCAACCUGAUCGGCCAUCGCCUGCGCAUGCCCCUGAAGCCGCCACAGGAGUUGCGGCUGGUCCUGCCCAGCCCCCUGUACCACUGCCUGGGCUCUGUGGGGGGCACAAUGGUGUGUAUGCUGCAUGGUUCCACUCUCCUCCUGUCCUCUCCAAGCUUCAGUGGCAAGAAGGCGCUGGAAGCCAUCAGCAGAGAGAAAGGCUCCAUUCUGUACGGCACCCCCACGAUGUUCGUGGAUAUCCUGAACCAGCCAGACUUCUCCAGUUACGACCUCUCAUCCAUACGUGGAGGUGUGAUCGCGGGCUCCCCUGCACCCCCAGAGCUGAUCCGAGCCAUCGUCAACAAGAUGAAUAUGAAGGAGCUGGCGGUUGCUUAUGGAACCACGGAGAACAGUCCUGUGACCUUCAUGAACUUCCCUGAGGACAGCCUGGAGCAGAAGGCCGAAAGUGUGGGCAGGGUCAUGCCGCACACGGAGGCCCAGAUCGUGAGCAUGGAGACCGGGGAGCUGGCAGCGCUGAACACACCGGGGGAGCUGUGCAUCCGCGGCUACUGCAUCAUGCAGGGCUACUGGGGCGAGCCGGACAAGACCUCCGAGGUGGUCGGGCAAGACAAGUGGUACCGCACAGGAGACAUCGCCACCAUGGAUGAGGAGGGCUUCUGCAGGAUCGUGGGGCGCUCGAAGGACAUGAUCAUCCGGGGCGGUGAGAACAUCUACCCUGCGGAGCUGGAGGACUUCUUCCACAAGCACCCGCAGGUGCAGGAGGUGCAGGUGGUGGGAGUAAAGGACCAGAGGAUGGGUGAGGAGAUCUGUGCGUGCAUCCGGCUGAAGAGUGGGGAGACCACCACGGAGGAGGAGAUCAAAGCUUUCUGCAAAGGGAAGAUCUCCCACUUCAAGAUUCCCCGCUACAUCGUGUUUGUCACCGACUACCCCCUCACCAUCUCAGGAAAGGUCCAGAAAUUCAAACUCCGAGAGCGGAUGGAAGAGCACCUGAAACUGUGAAUCAGAGAAGGGGUCCAUCCGGGCCCGACUCGUCCCUCCCAUGUCCCCGGGUCUUGGUGCCUGGGCACAGAUCCGUGUGCCUGAGCUCUGCUGGCGUGCUCUGUCGGUAGCUGGCAGGGUAGAGGGGGAAGAGACCCGUGUGAUUGUGCACGAGUUCUUUGCCGUGCAUUGGCCACUUAAUGUGACCCUUGCCUCAUCCCUUUGAGUUUCCACCUCACUUUUUUCUUUUGUAGACUUUCCUUACUUAAUUCUUUCCCCUACUCUUGCCAGAUUAGUCCAGCAGGAAACAUUCUUUUUAAAAAUAACAGCUUCAUUGAGAUAUAAUUCACAUACUACCCAAUUCGCCCAUUUUUAAACUUGUUUUUUAGGCAGGGUCUUAUGAAGUUGUCUAGGCUGGCUUUGAACUUGAGAUCCUCUUGCCUCAGCUUCCUGAGUAGCUAGGGUUACAGGCAUGCAUCAAUGGACUGGCUCACCUUACCCAUUUAAAGUAUCCAAUUUUUCAGUGGUUUUUAGUAUAUUCAUAUAUAUAGCCAAAGCCAAUUUCAAACAUUUUUAUCACUUCAAAAAGAAACCCUAAACCCUCUAAUUAUCACCACCCUUCCUCCCCAAUCAGCCCAAUUUUUAUUGUCUUCUAUUUUACUUUUUUUGGUACUGGGGAUCGAACUUGGGUUCUUGCGCUUGCGCAGCAGGCAGCAAAACCACUGAGCUAAAUCCCUGGCCCUCUAUUUUACUUUUUGAUCAUUAAAUCUAGGGCUUCCCUACAGAUAAAUCAGGCUAUACCUUGACUCAAGAAAUAAAAAACAGCUGGCUUUCA